AUGGCGGAGCGGGCGCCCGAGGCAGAGGCGGAGGCUGAGGCGGGCGCAGGCGGGGAGGCAGCGGCCGAGGAGGGCGCGGCGGGCCGCAAGGCGCGGGGCCGGCCGCGACUCACGGAGUCGGACCGGGCCCGGCGGCGGCUCGAGUCCCGGAAGAAGUACGACGUGAGGCGCGUGUACCUGGGCGAGGCGCACGGGCCCUGGGUGGACCUGCGGCGCCGCAGCGGCUGGAGCGACGCCAAGCUCGCCGCCUACCUCAUCUCGCUGGAGCGCGGCCAGCGGAGCGGCCGGCACGGGAAGCCUUGGGAGCAGGUCCCCAAAAAGCCAAAGAGGAAGAAAAGGCGCCGGCGCAACGUGAACUGCCUGAAGAAUGUGGUGAUCUGGUACGAGGACCACAAGCACCGCUGUCCGUAUGAGCCGCACCUGGCCGAGCUGGACCCCACCUUCGGCCUCUACACCACAGCCGUGUGGCAGUGUGAAGCCGGCCACCGCUACUUCCAGGACCUGCACUCACCCCUGAAGCCACUCAGCGACUCAGACGCCGACAGUGACAAAGUGGACAACGGCCUGGGGGCCGGCAGCUCCAACUCGUCCAGCUCCUGCUCUGGCUCUGACUCUGAGGAGCCCCCUGAAGGCCAGCCGGCCAAGGCGACAGUUGCAGCAGCUGCUGUUACCCCCACCAGCCCAGCGGGCAGCAGUGGCCUCAUCACGCAGGAGGGUGUGCACUUCCCUUUCGACGUCCACCACGUGGAGAGCCUGGCUGAGCAGGGCGCCGCACUGUGCCCCAACCCAGCAGGCAGUGGGCCGGAAGCCCUGGAGACUGUGGUGUGUGUGCCAGUGCCCAUGCAAGUGGGCCCGGGCCCUGGCACCCUUUUUGAGAACAUGCCCCAGGAGGCACUGGGCGAGGUGGUAGCCAGCUGUCCCAUGCCAGGCAUGGUGCCUGGCUCUCAGGUGAUCAUCAUCGCAGGCCCAGGCUAUGAUGCCCUCACGGCUGAGGGCAUCCACCUCAAUGUGGCAGCAGGCAGCAGUGCACCCAGCGGGGGCCUGGGUGACGAGGUGCCCUGCGCCAUGAUGGAGGGUGUGGCAGCCUACACCCAGACGGAGCCUGAGGGCAGCCAGCCCGGCGCUGUGGACCCCACCACCAUGGCAGGCAUGGAGACCAAGAAAGAGAAGGAGGACCUGUACAUGCUUAAGAAGGAGGAAAAGGAUGAGCCGGUGGCUCCAGAGCUGGCAGAGUUGGCAGCGACAGUGCCUGAGAGUGCAGAGCCUGAGGCAGAGGCAGACGGGGAGGAGCUGGACAGCAGUGACAUGUCAGCCAUCAUCUAUGAGAUCCCCAAGGAGCCUGAGAAGAGGCGGAGGAGCAAGCGGUCACGGGUGAUGGACGCCGACGGCCUGCUCGAGAUGUUCCACUGCCCCUACGAGGGCUGCAGCCAGGUGUAUGUGGCUCUCAGCAGCUUCCAGAACCAUGUCAACCUUGUGCAUCGAAAAGGGAAGACCAAGGUGUGUCCUCACCCUGGCUGUGGCAAGAAGUUCUACUUAUCCAACCACCUACGGCGACACAUGAUCAUCCACUCAGGUGUCCGGGAAUUCACCUGUGAGACCUGCGGCAAAUCCUUCAAAAGGAAGAACCACCUGGAGGUACACCGGCGCACACACACCGGCGAGACACCCUUGCAGUGCGAGAUCUGCGGCUACCAGUGCCGGCAGCGGGCUUCGCUCAACUGGCACAUGAAGAAGCACACGGCAGAGGUGCAGUACAAUUUCACGUGCGAGCGCUGCGGGAAGCGUUUCGAGAAGUUGGACAGCAUCAAGUUCCACACUCUCAAAAGCCACCCCGACCACAAACCCGCCUGA